UAACCAACUUAGCUAGUGAAAUAGUUAUGUUGACGUACUUUGACUGGGUGGUGUUUAAAUAAAAGUGAUCGACAGAUUGUCUGCUCGGUCACCUCCCCACCACAACUGAGCAGCCAUGUGGCCUGUGGUAUGGACUGCCAUGCGGACCUACGCCCCCUACGUUACCUUCCCAGUGGCCUUUGUGGUGGGGGCGGUGGGCUACCACCUGGAGUGGUUCAUCAGGGGCACGCCAGCCCCUCCCCAGGAGGAGAAAGGCAUCCUGGAACUCAGGGAGGACAGGAAGCUGGAGGAGCUGGUGGGGCGUGACAGCACGCAGGUCACCAGCCUGAAGGAUCGGCUGGAGUUCACCCCCAAGGCGGCGCUAGAGAGGAACCGGCCAGUGAAAAGCUAGAGGACUGAGGCCCCCCCACCGAGUCGAACAUAAGAGUGCCUUGGGUCAAACCAAGAAGUCAAUGCACCACCAUCCCUCCCCUCGAAAUACUCACUGGCCAUGCAUACACAAGGCACGAUCACUGAGCCACCUCAGUUCUGUCACACUGUACCUUUCGGGAAGCCAGUUGCUGAUGGGAGUAACAGCUCUGUGGAACUUGUGUUCUGAUAACUGAAAUACGGGUUUCAGUAAAGUUUUAUUUUCCAGCUGCUUUCACAAAGAUUGAACAUUGAUGAUUCACAUGUCAAAAAUGCAUCCUUGAAAUGUCGAUGUUCGGGAGACACCCUCUGAGCCGCAUGGUUUUAUUUGCUCCUUUUCACCCACACUGAUCUGGUGAAGAUUGUGCAAGGGUUUGACAAGCUUUUCCUCUGCAUGUCUCAAGUGAAGAAAUAUUCUUCUGUCUAACGAGACUAAAGAUGGGAUGAAGACCCCCUUUUAAAGACAGAACUUCAACAAAGGAGAGUUGUCUGUGGUUGCCAGAUAUUGGUGCUAUGACUUGAAAGAAGGCCUGUAGCCUGUGCGCAUGUGUGGUAUAUACAUAUAGUGUGUGUAUCUAUAUAUGUAUACAUGUAUAUAGGCCUGAAUGGAAUGGAAAUGGAAACGUUAACAGCCUUUCAGCCUAAAGAAGAAAGUCAAGUGUUUGCACCUGUCUUGUCAUUGUGUGUUAUUGCGCACCUGUGUUUCUGUUCCUAUCUAGAUUGGUGGUAUUUUGAAGAAAGGAAAGUGCAUUUAUGCAGACCAGCUCUUCAUGACCACAGUGUAUUUAUUUAACUGAUUUGCUUUCAUUUUAAGAAAGUCCAUUAAAUACACUGGCAUGGCAUCUGUUCGAUUCCAAAGUAUGAGAAUGUUAUCGUUACUGGUAAGCGUUUAAUGUCUUCAAUCGUGUUCAUGGUACUGAUUCUCAUGAGUCACAAGUUGUGCUUUUCAAAGCUGAAUCAGGACUACACCUAUGAAAUGUGAUAAUAAAAACGCUAUCCAUUUUUAGAACCACAGACCCUCUGGACAAGUGUCUUUUCU